GUAACUUUAAAAUUUUACAUAAACAAAAUUAGAACUUAAAAUUAAAAAAGAAAGAGAUUUGGUUCAUUCGCAUUUCACGUAUAGACGUGCUGAUGACAAGCGGUUGAUUAAAAAAAUUAUUUUCGGUGAUCGGCUGUUAAAUUGAAGAUUGUAGUGAACGAAUUAAAAAUGGAUAAAUCUCAAGAGAAAACUCACCAUGAAAUCUUCGCACUGCGCAAUGAUCUUUUAAGAUCCAACAAGUUAUUUGAGGAUAACUCAUUUCCUCUACAUGCACCAGGAUCCAAAAUUAAAUGGUUACGUCCACGUGAAAUUUGCAAAAACCCGCAGUUAAUUGUUGAAGAAAUUUCACGUUUCGACGUGAAUCAAGGUGCUUUAGGAAAUUGCUGGUUCAUGGCAGCAAUUGACUGCUUAGCACGCCAUAAGCAGCUUUUUUACGAAGUUGUUCGUGAAACAAACAGCAGUUUUACCGACGGUGCAUACUGUGGAUUGUUUCAUUUCAGAUUCUGGUAUUUUGGAUCAUGGACUAAUGUAAUCAUUGAUGAUCGUCUACCAACUAGAGAUAAAAAACUUGUAUUCGUGACAUCAAAAUCUGAGAAUGAAUUUUGGCCAGCACUUUUGGAAAAAGCGUAUGCCAAAUUGUAUGGAGGCUAUGAAAAACUCGAAGGCGGACAUGUAACUGAAGGCCUUGCAGAUUUGACAGGUGGCGUUACCGAAGUUUAUGAUCUAAAAGAUCGUCCUGGAUACUUUUACGAAAUGAUCUGUAAAGCAUUUAAACGAAAUACGCUCAUGGGAGCAGCAAAAUACAAUGAAUCAAGAAACAUUGGCUUAACAGCAGGUCAUGCGUAUGCAAUCACACAUAUUACACCCGUUGCUGACGUUUAUGGAAAUCACAUAAAUUUAAUAAGAAUCCGAAACCCUUGGGGUAAUGAAAAGGAGUAUACAGGCGACUGGAGUGACUCUUCUAUGAAAUGGAACAUUAUUUCGAUUAAAGAGAAGCAACGCAUUAAAUGGGAUCCAAAAGGAGAUGGAGAAUUUUGGAUGUUAUUCGAAGACUUUCUGAUUCAUUUUGAUUAUUUAGAGAUUUGCAAUUUGCUACCAGACUUGCUGACUCGAGAACCUCACAGUGGAAGACAAUGGAAAUUCACAUCUUUUCGGGAAGUCUGGAAGAAGAAUGGCGCGAUUCAUCAUAUAUUUUCAGCUGUUGAUCCAGAUACAGAUGAUAAUGAAGAAUAUUGCACUGUUGUUCUGGCAGUCAUGUCCCUCAGGAGAAAUAGAAACGAAAAAAAUCGUCGUAUUAGACUUAAAAUCACUACACCAGAUGACCAAACUUUUCAAAGAAUCUCUAUUCCUAAUGAUUAUAAUCGCCGUGAAUAUGUCUUUCGUUAUGACAUGGUGCCUGGUACGUACGAUUUAGAAAUUUUGUCAUAUUACAAUAAUGACACUUUUGAAUACUUAUUUCGCAUAUUCUACGAGACUAAGAAAGACAUAAAUCAUCCGUUGAUGUUGUACCAGCCCUUAAAUACAUGUAAGAAAGCUUGCAAAUCUACCGAAAACGGUAACGCAAAAGAAAUGGUUUACUAUUCUCAAAAGAAGUACGAAACUAGAUUCUGCAAUAUUUUAUGAAAAUCGUUACAUUAAUAAAGUUUAAUUUCAUUUAUUUUUACAUUUUACUUAAAUUAUUUCUUCUUUUUCGACCCAACCUUUUCAGCUAGCUUAUGCUUUACUUCCCCUAAAUGGACACUAUGUCCUGUACUCUUGAGAUGAGUAAAUAAUUUAUUUUUGGACUGAAAUACCUGCUUACAGGUUGCACAGCGAUAAAUUAUAUCUUCAGGUUCAAUUGGAUCAGUCUUUAAAUCCUUUUGUGGCUCUACGACUAGUUCUUUUACUUCCUUUUUGGGUUCCUUUUUCUCUUUCUUGCUUUUUGACUUUACUUUCUUGCUUUUUUUAUUGCUAGACCAGUCAUCAUCGUCGCUAUCACUCUUAUUAAGUAAUUCUAUAGGCUCUGGAUUUUCCUGUACAGCUUCAACCUGAAUAUCAUCAUGCUCACUCUCUGACUUAACUGGUUCCUCGACAUUUUGAAAUUUCUUUGACUUCUUUUUCUUCGACUUUUUGAUUUUGGACUUUGAUGUUGUUGCUGCUUCCUCUGACUCAUCAGCAGAAACUUCUAAAUCCUUAUUUCCAUUUACAGCCUUUUGAUAACUUUCUUCCUCAGAAUUCAUUUCCUUUUUCAGCUUUUCAACAUUCUGUUUAUGCUUCUUUGAAGCGUCAUGAUUGCUUUUGGCUCCUUCAUUCUUAAAACUUUUAUUACAUGCUAUACAGUAUAGUUCCUCGUCAAAUUCUUCCUCGAAUUCAUCAGAGUUUAACUGACAUUCAUCGAUAUCAUUUUCGAUUCCCUCGACAUCAUCUAAAUCUUGCUCGUUUUCGUCGUCAGAAUAUUCACUGUCUGAGAAUUGAUUCAAAUAUUCUUCUUCUAAUUUUUUGAGCUGGUCCUGUUGAUCUUUGUGGACUUUUGAGUUCCUUUGUUGCUCUCUGAUUUCGUCAGUUCUCUUUCUAAUUUGGUCUAAUCGAUUCUGUUGACUUUUGAGACGAUUGUGAGCAGCUUUUUCUUCCAGCAUUUUUCUAUAUUCAGCCAUUCUCUUAUCACGUUUCUUUACAAACAACACUAAUGAUUUAACUUCGUCAUUUCUUUCUUUUCUAGCUUUCUGUUGGAUUUUCUUAUGUUCCUUAUCGAUUAAUUUCAGCACACGACGAUCACGAAUUUCAUUGACAUCAUGUGUAAACAGCCAUGAAUAUGAUUUCUUUGUAGAAUAACUCUCCCAGUGUCCAUAGAAUUUAAUUACAUCAUCAAAACUACUUGAUGAAUUUCCAAACAUUGGAAUAUUAAGAAAAUCGUCUUCUUCUAAAUGAUAUUCAGAAUCCUCAGCUGCAAUUUUCUCGAAAACUAUUCUAUACACAGUAUAGAAACCUUCUUUACUGUCAUUAAAACCUUUAUAGCAUGAUGAAUUGAAAUAUUGAUAAACAUCCAGUGACUCAUCUUCGUAAUUUGACUGUCUUCCUUUCAAAAUCUGAUCUCUGUGCUUAUCGUACC